UUGUUCUCAAGAUUCAACUCUUGAGUAUUCUGUAAUUGAACGUUCCAGAAAUCAGUGUUGCAAAACCUUAUUAGAUAUGGUAGAAAAUAUUUCACCAAGAAUACUGAAGCUUGAAUAUUCCGAUAGUUCUUUAUAUCCUAAAAAACGAGAUGAUCGUCUGGGCAUAACAGCAAUUCUUUAUCAGCACAAAGACACCAGUAAUGCAUAUCCAAAAGAACAGCUGCUGCACAGGCUUUCUGGGAGUAUCAGAAAUGUUUUCAGUACUGAAAUAAAACAGAUGUUAACCUCUAGUACUGAUUGUGAAGAGGUGGACACCAAAAACUUCAGAGGAAUGAUUUUGCCAGAAGGGGCGGAACUGACAUUUUCCGAGCUCCGCCAGAUGGCAGCACGCCAGCAACAACAAAUUGAAGCUCAACAACAAUUCUUAGUGGCCAAGGAACAACGCCUAAAAUUUUUGAAACAGCAAGAAGUAAAACACUACCGGGGGGCACAAACUACAGAACGAACUAGGCUGCUACAUUUACGAGAAAAGGUGGAAGGUCAAGAGCAGAAACUUCGUCGAUUGAGGGCGCUGCGAAACCAUAUGGACCAACAUCGAGUGAAUAAUAGUAACCUAGGUGCAGAAUUAGAAUCUGUCCGAGCCCUCUUUAAUGAGAAAGAGAAAGAACUUUCAUUGGCUGUGGCGAAGGUGGAGGACCUCACGCGACAACUGGAGGAACUACGACGAGGUAAUCUUAAUGGAGUUAAAACCAGUAACAACGUCUCCUUGCCUGCAGCACUGGAGCUGGAGAAACUUAAGAGGGAAUUAGUGUAUCGAACGAAGCUUAACGAGGGGCAGAAUGCGCGGAUUGCACAGCAGAGGGAGACACUGGUUAAAAAUCACGAAGAUGUUUCGGGAAUGGACCAACGAAUUGCAGAACUACAACAACGUCUCCACCGGAAACGAAUGGCAAAUCACCAGAUCUCUGGCCAGAAUCAUGCUGCUUCUGUAGCCAAACAAGCACAUGUGAGACGCGGGUCAAUUAAAACACAUCCUCAUAUUGCUGUGGUGGAAGAACCUGAUCGUAUUCAAAACGACCUGGAAGCUCCUCUAAGGAGAGGAAAAGGUAUCGUAGAGUUAGGUGAACCUGCCAACAGCCCAAGAUAUCAGAUACUGCCUAGCAGUACUAUAUUUACGAUCAAACCUGAGAAAUAUAUCAAUAAUUCCGAGGAAAGUGGAGACGGACUAAAAUCGAUCGAAGAUAAAGCCCAUCAACAAACUACUUUCGUAACUUCCUCUUCUAGCACCGAACAAGUUUCCAUGCAUCUACAACAGCUUCCCACCAAACAAAAUGUCAUUCCACCGCCACCGGGAAAGCCUAUCCAACCCCCGCAUCAUCUUCGUCCUUACUGUUUGCCUCUCCGAAGGCUUCCACCCUCCAGGGGGCAGUGUAGUACUAAUGGCAAUUCCAUAAUGCAAGUAAAUUCAAGCGCUUCCAACUGUAGUAUUCAACCAGUACUGACCAACAGUGAAUUACCACCUACUUUACACGAACUAAUCCCGCUACCAGGGAGUCAAGGAAACUCUGUACUCCUGCCAGUCUCACCUUCAAGGACAGAUAUGAUCCCUCAGUCUCAGUCAACUGCCCCACGGGCGGAGGUUCGACUUUCGACUAGUCCCAGGCAUACCGGUUCCUCAGACAGUCAUCAAAGUGUAUCAGCACGAGAAACUAUCGUUAGCAACAUUUCAACCACAACAAGUUUGACCACCCCCUCUGUUGUGAAGUAUUUUCCUCCUCCCCUCCCAGUGAGGCCCGUGCCUCCGCCUCGACAAACCCACCAGCUUGCUGAAGGCAAUUCAUCUUCAGCAAGAGGCUAUGUAGAAACAUCUUUAGAUUCGUUAGACUCGACUUUAUCUGCCUUGAAAGCCCCCGGGAACCAGGCUAACAAGAACAUCAACGGAUUCAGGUAUUUACUCAAGCCACAGACUGCCCAGAGAGUUGGGCGAGUAGCCCUAGAUAAAUUUGCCAAAGAAAUAAAGCACUUACAUCGCAACGAAUAUCCAUCGCGCUCUCCUCGUUUGGAAUCUUAUAACGUCAAAGAUAAUCAUUUACCUUCCAGCAGUCGUAGCGGUAAUUCACUACGUUCAGAACAAGAACCCAGGCGGGAGAAACUUCCACUAAAACCAAAACCUCUAACUAUAAGAAUACCACCACCAAGCACAGACCCUCCAAGAUGUAAAGGUCAGCAGAAUGAAACCAUCCAAAGACAAGGAGCAGACGGAAUUAGCGAAAGAAUUUCGCCCAACUGGGCCAGUCAUAACGGCCUUAUUAGUAUAACCCAUCAAGCUGAAAACAUUUCACCUCCAUCUGAUCUCAACAGGCACAUCCGAAAAAGGAACCGAUCUAAGGAUCAGUCUAGAAAUGGCGUCACGGACAAAGGUGCAGUGGAAGUUCGAGACAUGGCUGUUAAACAACUAACUUGGAAUCAUGAAAACACAAAGAUUCCAAUGAACUUAAAUUAUCAGUUGGACCAUUUCAAUGGAAACACCACUUUAGACUCGGAAAAUAGUGUACGACCAGAUGGAGCCGGAGAGUCGGUCAACACAGAUAACGGUUUAGUGAACGUUAAUGAAGCCAGCACUGUUGCUUUUCUGGACAGAUACAACAGACACGAAUAUCCACACAUCUAUAACAGCGCAACCUUGCGGAGAGUAAAAAGAGGAAACUUGAAGACAAAGAAUUCAGACAAGAAGUGUCGGAAGGUUAGUUUUGAUCCUCUAGCCUUGUUGCUGGACGCUGCACUCGAAGGAGAGUUAGAACUCGUGAAAAGAACUGCGAAAGAGGUGCCUAACACUAGUGCUUCUAAUGACGAAGGAAUCACUGCUCUUCACAACGCUGUUUGUGCUGGAUACUUUGAAAUUGUGAAAUAUCUCGUGGAGUUUGGUUGUGACGUCAACGCUCAAGACAGUGAUGGUUGGACACCACUUCACUGUGCAGCCUCCUGUAACAACCAACAAAUAGUGAGGUUCCUAGUGGAGCAUGGUGCUUGUGUAUUUGCCACCACGCUCAGUGACAACGACACCGCUGCAGAAAAAUGUGAGGAGGACGAAGAGGGCUAUGAUGGAUGUUCCGAAUUUCUCUAUAGUGUUCAGAAAAAACUUGGUAUCUUAAAUAGUGGUGCUGUAUACGCUGUAUAUGAUUACGAUGCACAAAAUCAGGAUGAAUUAUCGUUCAAAGAUGGCGACAUGAUCAUCGUGCUGAGAAAAGGGGAUGAACAGGAGAGGGAAUGGUGGUGGUCUCGCCAUAACGAUAGAGAAGGUUACAUUCCUAGAAAUCUCUUAGGCCUAUAUCCAAGAGUGGCAUCAAAACGUGAUACUUAAGAGCAACAAACCAGAUAUGGUGAAACAAUUAUAUUCAAUUGAAUCUCUUGCAGUCUCGAACGACACGAGAUUACAGGAGCUAAACAUAACACAUCAUAGCAACAAGUGCCACUGUCUUCUCUACACAGAGAAGUUUUGUUGGAAAUAGAAGUUUGAUAGUAGUUUAGUUGUUUUUGUUUGCUACUUUUGUAUGAACACAAAGGAUUUAACUAUGACUUGUUGUUUUCUUUGAAGAUGUUGUAAAUAUGUGUAAAAUACAAGUUUUUAAAGGCCGUUCACAUAUUUCUCCAGACGCCUCUCAUAAACUAACUUUCAUUAAUAGAUCUGAAUAAUUAGUAAAUUACAGUUGUAUGUGCUACAUAGGGCUACAUGUACGUAAUAUUUAAAUUUAUAUACUUUUGUAUAUAAGACUCGACUACGAUGAUGUGGUCAGGUUGAGAGGGAACUUGUAAUGUAUAUCAUACGAAAGACCA